UGAGGGUUAGUUAAAAUGUCUGAUUUUGAUCUUCUAACAUUCCAAACAGCGGAGGUAAAGCAAGAGGCGGGCAGUGUAUUCCGCGAUGGCGCCCCCUAUCAGCGCCGUGGGUCCCUACAGCUGUGGCAGUUCCUGGUGGCCCUGCUAGACGACCCAGGCAACGCUCACUUCAUCGCUUGGACAGGCCGCGGCAUGGAGUUCAAGCUCAUUGAGCCGGAAGAGGUGGCCAGGCUUUGGGGGAUGCAGAAGAACCGUCCGGCCAUGAACUAUGACAAGCUGAGCCGCUCUCUGCGCUAUUACUAUGAGAAGGGCAUCAUGCAGAAGGUAGCUGGCGAGCGCUACGUCUACAAGUUUGUGUGCGAGCCCGAGGCCCUCAUCUCGCUGGCCUUCCCCGACAAUCAGCGGCCCAGCCUCAAGGCCGAGUUCGAGCGCUACGUCAAUGAGGAGGACACCGUGCCUCUGUCUCACCUGGACGAGGGAGCCGCCUACCCCUCCGAGCCGGCUGCCCCCGGCAUGGGUGCCCAGCCCUACUCCAAAGGCUACAUGUUCUAAAGGCCAGACGCUCUUGCACACACCCCACCUGCCCCCUUGUAUAUAUGGCUAUGGUGUUAUUUUUUUUGUUGUUUAAAUUAAUCCUAUUAGGGAUUCCCAAGGUUUUAAAAGCUGCGUUCUUCUCACUUCUGAGGCUUCUCCAAUCCAAAUACACAAUGGUGGUUAAACUGAUCGCUUAAUAAACACACAAUAUUAAUACCACAGAGUCAGGCCUUUCCUUCAGCUCUGAAAAUUUAAUCAUUACAUAGUUCUUGGGGUAUGCCCUUUGUACUUGCUUGCAUCCACCGUACCUGUAUCAAAAUCUGAAUAAUGGUUAUAAUACUGUAUCAUACAAUUUUUACCGUUAACUCUAUAUAUAUAAGCUAUUAAAUGCUGAUACGUAUAACAAG